AUGUGGUCUUGGUUUGGCGGUGCCGCCGCUCAGAAGCGCAAGGAUGCGCCUAAGGAUGCCAUUCUCGCGCUGCGGGGACAGCUGGCUUUGCUUCAGAAACGAGAGAAACAUCUUGAGAACCUGAUUGCGGAGCAGGAUGCUCUCGCGCGAAAGAACGUCAACACGGAUAAAAAUGCUGCUAAGAAUGCUCUCCGACGGAAAAAGGUGCACGAGAAGAACCUUGAGCAGACAACGGCGCAGACAAUGCAACUCGAUCAACAGAUAUACUCGAUCGAAGCGGCGAAUAUCAACCACGAGACUCUACAGGCGAUGAAGCAGGCCAGUGCGGCUAUGAAGGUGAUUCAUGGUGGAAUGAAGCUCGAGGAUGUCGACAAGACAAUGGAGGAUCUCCAAGACCAGCAUGCGCUCCACACGGAAAUCGGAAACGCUAUUACCAGUGUGCCACUCGGCGAACAGCCCGACGAGGAAGAUCUCGAGGCCGAAUUGGAAGGUCUCGAGCAAGAGGCCAUGGAUGCGAAGAUGCUCAACACUGGCUCUGUACCUGUCGGCGCCCAGCUGGAUCGGUUACCAGCUGCGGGGAACACAGAACUCAAACAACCCGCCCAGACGGAGGAAGACAACGAAGAAGCCGAGCUGGCAAAACUGCGCGCGGAAAUGGCCAUGUGA